AUGAGGUUCCUCAAUUCUCUUGUCAGCCUCUCCUGGCUCGUCUCGCAGGCGCUCCUCUUCGCAGACACUGCGACAGCCCACCCCACUUCCACGGAUGUUACUUUAAUUGAUGAUCCUAUUGUCAACGAGACCACGGCAUGGGCCCAGCUGGAUGAUGAUGUUGGAUACCACGGUCCGAAGAGGCGCGAUGACAAGACGCCUCUGAGGAUCAUGGCCCUGGGAGCCUCCAUUGUCUUUGGUGUCGGCUCGCCCGACCAGAACAGCUACCGCAAGGUUCUGCGCCAGCAGUUGCGCCAUGACGGCCACCCGGUCGACAUGGUCGGCACCAAGAACAGCGGUAACAUGAAAGAUAACGACGUCGAGGCUGUAUCUGGGUUCAUCGUUUCUGAGAUUCACGACCUCUCCAAGGCUUCCUAUAAGUUUAAGCCCAACAUGGUCAUCAUCAACGCUGGCACCAACGACAUUGUUCGCAGCAUUGACAAUGCGAACCAACACAUCCGCUUCCGCAACAUGAUCCGGGGCCUCUGGGACAGCAUCUCCCCUGGGACUGUUGUCAUCGCCACAACCAUCCUGCCGAUCGGUGGUGAAGCUGAUGCUAGACGUCAAGCCGUCAAUGAGAAAUAUCGUGAGGUCGUGCGGGAGCUGUACGCCCAGGGACGACCCAUCUUUCUCGCAGAGAUGGAUGGCCACAUCGCUCUGUCGGAUCUUGAUGACGGUGUCCACCCCAACGCGCAGGGUUUCAAGAAGAUGGCCGGGCCUAUCUACGCCGCCAUCGGCCGUGCGAGGUUUCAGGGCCGGCUGAUGGAACCUCUAAACGCCGGGGAUGCUCUCGAUCAAGGAGGUGUCGGCUGCCACAAGGUGCCAGGCAACGGCAUCAACGCUGGUGCUCUUACACAGGUCGGCAGCGGCUACGAUGACGGCGAGUACAUCCAUGACGCUCAGGACAUGGGCGCCGUUGCCACCAUCACUAGCGACUGGGACCGCGACCAGUGGUUCUUUGCCCGCAUCUUCCGCUCAGACCGUGAUGAUUUGCUCGGUUGGAUCAAGGACGGAGACAAGGUCCUGUACGCUGUGCGUAGAAAUGACGGCGACGGCAAAUUCACCCUAAUUGGCGACCUCAACGUGCACGAUAACUGCAUCCAGAGAGGUGUGCAGUGGGCCGACCUCAACGGCGACGGACUCGAUGACUUUGUCUGCAUCGGCUCCGACGGUGCUGUAUUUGCCAAUAUCAACAACGGCAAUGGUGGCGGCGGCACACUGCCCAUAUUUACACACAUUGGUACCUGGAAAGCCAAGGACCCUGCCUACGCCCAGGCCGACAUCCGAAUCGCCGACGUUAACGGUGACGGACGCGCCGACUUCAUCGGUCUCAGGGAUAACGGCGACGCUUGGGUGUGGCGCGACGGUGGCAUCGGCAAUAAGCCGUCCUACUUCCAGGCCAUGGGCCAGCGCUUCGAGGGUAAAGGCAUGGGCGACCUCGCCGGCACACGCUUCGAGGACCUCAACGGUGACAAUCGCGCCGACUGGCUCUGGGUUGCCGACAACGGACAGACGACGACGUACACCAACUCGCGAAGCUGCCACUGGGGCAAAGAAGGUGAUGGUCUCUACUCCGCCUGGCGGAUCGGCACCAACAAGGCUUCGGGCAAAUCUCCAACGCACACGGGCGGCAUGGCCAACGGUAUCCGGAACAGGAUUCACUUCGCCCGUGUCUACGGCAGCACGCAGGACUUUGGCCUCCUAUCACGCAAGGACCACGUCUGGAUGGAGCACAAGGAGCUGCCCAACGGGAAACACGAGUUCAACGUCAGGGUAUGGAAGAGCAAGGGUUAUGGUGCGACCAAACCAAAGGCUGACGGUAACUUUUACUGCGACAUGACGGGCAACGGGCGCGAUGACUACAUUUGGGUACUCUCCAAGGGCGAAAUGGACCUGUUCGAGAAUGCUGGCAAGGGUUUCAUCGCCAAUGGCGAAAGCUACUGGAAGCAGCCGGGACAAAAGGCCUUUUUCAAGCCGCCGAGGGAUCUCGACCGUCGCGAUAUCCAUCUGACUGACUUUGACGGCGAUGGAAGGUGUGAUAUCAUUCACGUCGACCACAACAACGGGGAUCGCGUUGAGAUUUGGAAGAACAACUACACACCCGGAGGGGGUUUCAACUGGCAGCACGUCGCCAACCCGGCCCCUGUCCUUCAUUGCUCUGAGAAGCGCGGCGUCGGUUUCCGGGAUUGGCCGAUUCGUUUUGCCGAUAUUACGGGAAGCGGAAGGGUCGACUACGUCUGUGUCGAGAAGGAUGGCCGUAUGUGGGGAUGGACGCAGGACAGUAACGGCGGCUGGACGCAUGUCGACCAGUUCUUCAGCGCGAAGGGUCACGACCGCGCCAACCUGCAGUUUGCGGACGUCGACGGUGACGGUAAAGCCGACAUCAUAUGGAUCGAGAAGUUUACUGGCGACAUUCCCCAAUACGGCCGUUACGGCCCAGAAAUCAUUAUGCCACCCCCGGGACAACCUAUCGAGGGUACCCCCGGCGGCGGUGGCGCUGAGCCCAUCGAAGAUGGAUGGAGAGAGAUUCAAUGCACGCAUCAAGGCAUCACGGAUGCCAGCAAGGACGCCGAGUGGCGCUGGGACCAGGUCUUGACGCCCUCCGCCUGGGCCGCCGCCCUCCGGAACUACAAGUCGGAUAAUGAGUCGAAUCCCGACUUCGCGUUCACCCGCUCCAUCAGCCACUUCUUCAACGGACCCGAAACCAUGGACUGCCACAAGCUGACGGGAAGCAACGGCUGCACGGGGGGCUCCUCCUUGCAGUGUCACGACAACAACGCCCCCGCGGGCUACUUCAUCCUUAACUCGUUCCGGAACAUUGACGCCAUCCUGUGGAACACGUACGAGGCACUGCAGGACUUGUACAAUGACGCCGAGGCCUCGAUCGACCCGUUUGGCAAGACCUUCUCCCCAGUCAAGGACAGCGAUCUGAGCGUGGCCAUUCUCAUCGACAUCCUCACCCUCGGCUACGGCGCCGUCAUGGCCCCAACGUGGAACAAAGCACUCCGCAACGUGCCCUGGGCAAAGAACAACGCCGACGACUACGGCACCUCCAAGGAUUUCACCAACGAUAUGGUCAAGGGUAGGGCUACCCUGACUAAGGACCUCAUAGGCAAGGUCGUGACUAGCCCGAACUCGGCCCUCACAGCGAACUUGAAGCUGGUCAUCAGCGCGUGGCAGACGGCCCUUGACAAGUUUGCGACGAAGAUCUUUAGCGGUGAGGGCGACAGGCUGUCCAAGAUGAUUGCCAACGGCAAGAUGAUAUCCUCGGUGACCGUCGUUCCUUCGACCAAGGAGCUGCGGGCAGACAUUGACAAGGCCUUGUAUGCCACGCUGAUCCCCCUGGGCUGGAAGAUCUCCAACCGGGAUCUGAACCCAUUCAUUGUCGAUUCGAAACGCAGUUGCGAUGCCGCAGACAACGACGAGUGGAUCAAGCUGCGUAUUACUGAUGGCGCCAUCAAGUCCGAAAAGGUCUGCAUUGACAACCGCGCUUACUUCCUCCUCGCGGCCGAAAACCCCAAGAGAGAGUGUUACGACGACAAGUACGGCAUUGGUUGUUCUAAGUUUGACGGACUGCCCGGCACAAGCGACCUGGGGACCCCUAUGGGGCGACGUUACGAGGGACGACAUGGUCAGGGGGUACGCAACUCCAUCAACACCUUCAAGGCCCACGGCAACAAGAACCAGGAGAACCCUCGGGUGCCCGGAAUCCUAGACGAUGAACAGAUUGACGCCAUGGCGGAAGUCAACAUCCGGGCGCCGUACGUCUUCAACUUCCCCAUCUGCGACGUUAACACAUCGUUCAGGGGAUACUAUGAGGGUGGUCUCGCUGGCCACAUCAAGAAGAGCUACUUCCCAUGCAAUCUCAACUACGAUAUUUAA